ACCCGGUAGCGGAAGGCGGUGUCGCGGCUGCGCGAUUCCCCGGGACGAGAGGAGCCGAGGUUGAAGUUGCGCGACGGGGGCUGCGCUGGCCCCGCGGCUUCGGCAGCGGGAGGAUGCGGCGGGCAGAGAUGAAGCCUGGGAAAUCAUCACAUCCAAAGGACUUACUUGGAGUAAAAGAUCACUGACUUCUACAAUGGAAAAGUCAUGGAUGCUUUGGAACUUCGUUAAAAGAUGGCUUCUAGCUUUGGCUUCCUGGUCUUGGAGUCUCUGCCGUAUUUGUCUUUUACCCUUGAUAGUAACUUUUCACUUGUACGGAGGCAUUAUACUACUUAUAUUAAUAUUUGUAUCGAUAGCGGGUAUAUUAUAUAAAUUCCAGGAUGUACUGCUUUACUUUCCUGAACAGCCCUCUUCAUCACGCCUUUACGUUCCUAUGCCUACUGGUAUACCACAUGAAAAUAUCUUCAUCAAAACCAAAGAUGGAGUUCUUCUCAAUCUUAUUCUGCUGAGAUACACAGGGGACAAUGCAGCAUAUUCUCCAACCAUCAUUUACUUUCACGGGAAUGCAGGCAACAUUGGCCACAGGUUGCCAAAUGCUUUGUUAAUGCUGGUAAACCUGAAAGUAAACUUAAUUCUUGUUGAUUAUAGAGGGUAUGGAAAAAGUGAAGGAGAAGCAAGUGAAGAAGGUUUGUACUUAGAUUCUGAGGCUGUGUUAGACUAUGUGAUGACUCGGUCUGAUCUUGAUAAAACGAAAAUUUUUCUUUUUGGCCGUUCCUUGGGGGGAGCAGUAGCUAUUCACUUAGCUUCUGAAAAUUCCCAUAGGAUUUCUGCCAUCGUGGUGGAGAACACCUUUCUUAGCAUCCCAUACAUGGCCAGCACUUUGUUUUCUUUCUUUCCAAUGAGAUAUCUUCCUUUAUGGUGCUACAAAAAUAAAUUUCUGUCCUACAGAAAAAUCUCUCAGUGCAGAAUGCCUUCUCUCUUCAUCUCUGGGUUGUCCGACCAGUUAAUUCCACCAGUAAUGAUGAAGCAACUUUAUGAGUUAUCCCCAGCUCGGACUAAGAGAUUGGCGAUAUUUCCGGAUGGAACUCAUAAUGACACUUGGCAGUGCCAGGGUUAUUUCACUGCACUUGAACAGUUCAUCAAAGAAGUAAUAAAGAGUCACUCCCCUGAAGAAAUGGCGAAAACAUCAUCUAGCGUAACAAUAAUAUAAUUGAUAUUCUUCUUUGGGGUGGGGGGAGUAGCUGCACUGUACAUUGAUUUGUGAAAAGUGGUAAAAGAAUGUCCAUUUUUAAAUGUAUGUCAUGUCUGUACUUGCCUAAAGAGUGAAAUUAAACUUGGAAAGGUCUGAUGUUUUAUUAAUAUGUUCCAGAUAACUUUUACAUUUGCAGCAUUGUAAAUGAACCAUUUUAUGUCUUUCUCAUACUUUUUUGGUAUCUCUGUUCAUAUAUUUCAUUUAUUUGAUAUGUACAACAGAAUCUAUUAAAGGAACUUGCUACAGAAGUAGUACAGAAUCUAUUAGUUUAGAACAAUGGGAGGCUCUUCAGUAUUUGCUGCUGUAUGUGCAAGCUUUUUGGACGGUCAUGGUUAGCACAAUUAUUUGUUGUUUCUCUUACAGUUUAUUUAAAAUAUGCCAUGCAUGAGAUUAGUGUUUUAUUCCUUGAAAUUUUAUAAUAUGCAAGGUGGGAAGUCUUUAGUGUGCUAAAUAGUAUAAAAUAACAUUAAUUGUAGAGCAUACUUGCAGGUAUACUAUCUUGGUUAAUUACUGUUUUUUAUGGCUAUGCACACAUACAUAUUUCAAACUGCAGCUGUAGAGGAAAAGACACUUUCCCUGUUUUCAUCUCGCUAUUUGUUUGGUAAUAGUACCCAGAAAGUUAUGUAUGUGUGAACAUCAUGGCUUCAGGAUCUUGCCCAGACAAUUCCUUCAUAGAAAAUAGAAGUAACCUUCAAAAAGAGAGCAGUGCAAUCUAUGCUACUUCCUGCCCCAAGCUAUUCUCACUAACGUACAGGCAAACUAUUUAUUGGUAUGAGUCUGUGCACUUGAGGUGGGAUUUCCUGAGGUAGAGUGUGUGGUGUAUGAUGCUUCUUUCUAUCACAAGGUAAAAGUGUGUAUUUGUGUAGAUUUUUUUGUUUUGUUUUGUUUUAGGCUGGUAGGCUGGUGUUGCUAAACGUCUGCCAUUUAUUUAUGCCUCCAAAAGAAACAAAUCCAAAUAUCCAAGUUAUCAGUGAUCACAUGAUUAGAGAUUAAUGUACACAGUUGUUACAGUCAGGGUAAUAAAAAUAAGCAGUGCAUUAAAUUUAGUAGACAUAAACUUAGUCUGAAAGAGAUGACGUUUAUUUUAACACUUUUGCCCAUUUGCUUGCAAGAAGUCUUUCACAGUUCUGUUGUGCUGCAUGGAAGUAGCCUAAGCAUCAGCAGAAGUGUGUUGUCUUUAGCGCUGUUCGAAUUUCAGAGGCAGAGAUGCUUAAACUGAGAGUUUGAUUCUGACUGAAUGUUGGGUUUGAGGGUUUUGGGUUUUUUUUUUGUUUUAGGGGUCCUUAUCCUAGGUCGUGCCAUCACAGUCGUAUGCUGUUAGCUCAGUAUAUUAAAGCACGGGGCUCUUUAAAUCUCUUCUGCAGGUUUGAUUUCGCAUUUGCUGCAGUUAAAAGUUUGCCUCUUCAAAAUAUUUUUUGAUGGGAAGAAUGAACUGUGGAAAAUCUUCCACGCAAUAUGUACAAUUGCCCUUUGGAUCCAAGGUUUUAAAUAAACUUCUCUGCAAUGUUGUCCUGAUUCAGAAAAGCAUCGCAGCACUUAAAAUCUGUUUCCUGAUGGACAGUGGUAUUUUAAGCUUGUGCUUAAGUUCUCUGAUUGAAUAAAACUGCUUUCCUGAAGUGGUGCCUUAAUGGUUAUGCCGCCUAAAGUUUAUUAAAUGGAGUUACAGGUCUUAUGUGCACAUGGUAAUCAUUGUCAGAAAUUUAUACAUACAACUUUGCUUUAUUUAAGUGUGAUUUUUUUUUUUUUCUUAAAUAAACACAUACAUACCAGAAACUGUUGCUUUCUCUGGUAAGUAUCUUUUGUCAUACUAUUAUUAAGGUUUUCUUAGAGUUCAUUGAAAAAGCUAUAGACCUUUCAGGGUCUGUAGACCUGUAGACAGAGCAUAGUUUUGAAUCUGAGUGAACCCAAAACUUAUUUGCUCAGCCUUCCAGUGGUGAUAUUUUUGGGGGGAGACAGAUGGGGAAGGUAUAUUGGUGAAGCCUGGUUUGCUUAUAUAGCAGAAGGGAGUUAACAGACAGCAUUCCCUUUCUCUGAUGUAUUCUAGAAUGACAGUGUGAGCUGCUUGCGUGUAUUUUCAGGUACUUCACUGCUUUAGAAUUAAGGUGGGGGAAAGAAGGAAAGUAAGUGGGCAAAUACUGCUUUUCUGAAGGCAAGCUGAUAAAGCCAAAAUGAUAGAUCACCUGUCGGGGACAGAAUGAAGACGAAGUAAAUAAUUGUUUUAGAAGUUGGCUUAGCUUGCUGUUAAAUACCAUUUUUUCCAUAAAAUGUUAGUUUCUAAAUUAACAUGACUUCUUACCCCACUCCCUGCCAGUGAAAGACAAACAAAAACCUCAACCAAAAAAAACCCCAGUAUUAUAUGGCACAUGCAUACAAAUGAAGUAUUCUUUUUUGGGCACACAGUUGUUAAGUGAUAGUCAAAUAUGUGGCAUUAAUUAUGGCAAUCUGGAACUGUUGAAAGUGGACUGUAUCUAAACAUUGCUCUUAAUUAUCAAGCCAUAUCAUUCCACUAUAUUGUUUGCAGGACGUAAAGAUGAACCUUUGCCUGAUUUUGCAAGUAUAUGAGCAGAUACAAUUGUCAUAUGUGCAUCCUUUACACUCGAUGUGGUUUCUUCCCCCUUCUGUAUAUGCACAUUUUUACUUCUCCAUUAAUGGGCUGAGUGCCUACACUUGUGAAUGAAUGUCUGCUGUCAUGCUGUUUUUCAUUGUAUUGGUUCUGAGAUCCACUGAAGGAAAAUGGGAAGGAAAUUAUUUUCUUAUGUAAAUGUUCCACUGCUGUACACAUCAUCUUUUAGGGAGGGAGAAGGGGAGAGAAACUUGUUUUGACAAGUUGAGACUUGUUUUUAUCUUAUGGUCUGUGUGAUGGAAACCCACAGUUACCUGCUGCUAAAAGCCAUUUUGAGAUGGUAAACUGCAAGCAACAUAGUAGUAAUAAUAAUUUUGAAUUGCCAAAAAGUGUAUUGUGAUACUGUUUCAUUUAUUACACUUAAUACCAUUACAUGUUUUUACUUAACAGUUCUCCCUUUGUGUAGAGAUGCUUCUGAAGUAUUUGUCCUAUAGAUAUAUAUUUCUGGUUUGGGAAGAAGAAGCUGAGAUAUUUUCACAGGUUUGCAGGAAGGCCUCUUGGUUUAAACAGGCUCAUUAUAUGAACUGUCUCUUUUAUAAGAGGAACUUUUAAGUUUAUAAAAAGUAAAAAAAAUGCAAAAAACAGACAAGAAUAGCGGGGUCAGGAGUUGAACAGGAAAAUCUGUGGCAGUAGACUCCAUGUAAGGAAGCAUCCAGUAUAAGAUCUUGUGUGUGCGAACGUGUGAGUGGUUUUAAUUAGUGAAAAUACUUGAGGCUUCCUGCUAAGCCAAGUUUACAUUCCCAGUAUUUGUUUCUGAACUGUAAAAUGCAGAGAGAGAAGCUGUGAUUUCAUCUGAAAAAAUGCUAACUGGUGUAGCUGCCAUCAUGUCAAUUUCUCAGGUAAAAUUAGAAAUAGAGCACAAAUACGAUUGGUAGGCUGCAGGCAAUCUCUCAGUUGAAGGGCAAAUGGAUUAACUAUUAAUGCAAAAUGUGUGUAUUAGCAUCUCUAAGUUAAUCAUUUGUAUCAUGUUAGAUGUUCACAAUGAAAAAUAUAAGACUGAAUUGAGAGUCUAAGGUGUGAGCUCUUCUAUUAGCAAAAAGAUGCAGACGUACCUCCAUUUGUAAUUCAUAAUUCACUUCUUGAGAAGUAUGUAUUUAUUUUUGUUAAUGACAAGUGAUUUUGCUAGAGGCGCUUCUGCCAAAUAUAAAGUUAGUGCCUCUUGCAUGUAGUGGGAUCAGCCUAACGUAUCCCAUUAAGAAUAAUUUACAAUGCUUGUGUAAUUUAGAGUAGAACCCCACAGAAGUAUAAAUAGAGACAGCAUAUUGAAACUCUAAUUAAUACUUGUGUUUUGAAUUUGGAGACAGUCAUUGAAUACACAAUGCAAGCUUUUAAUUUGAUUUUUCUUUAAUAUAUAGUUAGAGCAAAAAUGUCUUAAAGUUCUUAAGUUUUGUAGACAAAGCAUAAAUGUUGCUGUAUAUGUGCUAAUUGUGGCAAAGUUUUACAUUCUCAUUCCAGUCUGGUUUUUACAAUAUAAUUAAUUUUACAAAAAACACUUUUCUAUUUUUAUGUACCAACAUAUGCAAUAAAUUGAUACAUUAAAAGUUCUGUUAACGUCUUGUUCUAGUUUGUGGUGUGUCUUCAGUGUGUGUACAGGGGUAUUUUUGUAUACAUGGUUCAAUGUCAAGGUAUCAAUUGCUAUAAAGAGUGGUGAGGCACUGGAACAGGUUGCCCAGAGAAGCUGUGGAUGCCCCCUCCAUGGGAGUGUUCAAGGCCAGGCUGGAUGAGGCUUUGAGCAACCUGAUCCAGUGGAAGGUGUCCCUGCCCGUGGCAAGGGAGUUGGAACUGGAUGAUCUUUAAGGUCCCUUCCGACCCAAACUAUUCUGUGAUUUUCAGUUAGUUACUAAAACUAGAGCACAUAGAAUAGAUAUCUGCAUUGUUAGAUGCGAAGUUUGUGGAAAGUUAUUACAGUAGGGAAACCCUAUAUUACAAAUAUCUAUUUCUAAGCUUUGUCAGGUAUCCUCACUUUCAAGAAGUGUUAAUAAGUAAAAUUGAUACGCAGUGUUCCUCCAUCACUUUCUAACACAUUCUGCAUUUCAAAACUUCUGUUAUUUGUGGGAAUGAGAGAUGGUCCAAAUAUGUCACUUAGCAAAUACUUUUAAGUGUUUCUGACUAGUUUUACCACUUGUUACUGGUAAUAUUUCGAAUGUCAAUUUUACAUGCUAUAAUGCCACUCUACCAAGUUUCUAGUUAAUUCAUGUAGUUGCAGUGAGAUACUCCGGCUGAAGCAACUUCUUCUUUCUUGCAGAGAAUUGCAUAACUAAGCUUAAAUCUUUUCUGCUUCCAUCAUGCGUGGUUAAUGUCUAAUACCCAAAAAAUAUGGAUUUACUACUUUGUGUCCUCUUCUGGAUUCCUGUAAGGUGUAUAGUUAAAUUUUAACGAAAUAACUGGGAAGCAGGGCUAGGAGGGUGACACAUUUUGACAGUAUUCCAGAU